AUGGAGAGGGCCAAUGAUACAGCUGUAAGUGAGUUUGUCUUUCUUGGAUUCUCAUCUUUGGUUGGGCUACAACGGCUGCUGUUUGUGAUAUUCCUCCUUCUCUACCUAUUUACCCUGGGCACCAAUGCUGUGAUCCUGUCCACCAUCCUACUAGACCGAGCUCUCCAUACUCCCAUGUACUUCUUUCUUGCUGUCCUCUCCUGUUCUGAGACCAGCUACACCUUUGUUAUUGUACCCAAGAUGUUGGUAGAUCUCCUGUCCCAGAAGAGGACCAUCUCCUUUGUGGGCUGUGCUAUCCAAAUGUUCACUUUCCUCUUUCUUGGCUGUUCACACUCAUUCCUGUUGGCAGCAAUGGGCUAUGACCGCUAUGUUGCCAUUUGCAAUCCUCUUCGUUAUGCAAUGUUGAUGAGCCAUGGAGUUUGCCUAGGGCUAGUGGCAAUGGCCUGUGCCUGUGGCUUCACUGUCUCUAUCAUCAUUACCUCUCUAGUGUUCCACCUGCCUUUCCACUCCUCCAAUCAGCUACUCCACUUCUUUUGUGACAUCUCCCCUGUCCUCAAACUGGCCUCCUACCAUUCCCACCUCGUUCAAAUGAUCAUCUUUAUGCUCUGUGCAUUGGUCCUGGUCAUCCCCUUGCUAUUAAUCUUAGUCUCCUACAUCCACAUCAUCUUUGCCAUUCUCCAAUUCCCUUCCUCUGUAGGGAGGUAUAAGGCCUUCUCCACCUGUGCCUCUCACCUCAUUGUUGUCACUGUCCACUAUGGCUGUGCCUCCUUCAUCUAUUUACGGCCCAAGACCAACUAUACCUCAAGCCAGGACACCCUGAUAUCUGUAUCCUAUACCAUUCUUACUCCAUUGUUUAAUCCCAUGAUUUACAGUUUAAGAAACAAGGAAUUCAAGUCAGCAUUUAGAAGAGUCAUGGGGAGAACCUUUUUUUCUACACAAUAA